GAUCAGCUACCUGUGACUACUACGGCAUCUGACCAGCCACCUGUGAUUAUUACAAUGUCUAAUCAGUCAUCUGCGACUACUUCAGUGUCUGACCAGCCACCUGUAGCAACUACAGUGUCUAACCAGUCAUCUGUGACUACUAAAAUGCCUGAUCAACCACUUGUGAAUACUUCACUGUCUGACCAGUUGCCUGUUACUACUGCAGUGCCUAACCAACCCUCUUUGACUUCAAGUCCUUUACCUUUAACAGUAACAUUAUCUAACCAAGCACUUCUGACUACAAACCCCACAUUGUCUAACCAACCAUCAUUUAGUCUCACCCCCACUGUAUCUGUCCAGUCAUCAUCUUCCACCAUGUCUAACCAAUCACCUGUGUCUGCAGCUUCCAACAUGUCGGAUGAGCCAUCUGUGAGCACAAGCACAGAUCCGCCAUCUCUCGCGCCAGACAUGGCUUCUCCUCCUCCUCCUCCUCUUUCACCUCAGACCCUAACCACUGCCACUUCCUCACCGCUGCUCUCUAUCAAACCCACUCCCAAGGCUGUUCCCCAACCGUCUGUGACCCCAGACUCGUCUCUGUCCCUUUCACAACCGCCUUUGGAACGAGAGACUUCCACUCUCCCCCCACGAUCGCCGGUGACCUCGGGGUCGUCCACACUCGUUCCACAACCCUCCAUCCCUACUACAGCAGCACCACUACCCUCCAGUAUGCCUGUUGCAACUGACAGGCCUGUAGUAACUGAGACCCCAGUGACUGUCACAGGUACUAGCACUGCCCAGACCAUGUUAGACACAACCAGGGCCAUUCUUGAUGUUCGUGUCACAUCUGCAAAUGACACUCUAGCUAGCACUACAUCUGUGUCAACUGCCACAACCACAGCUAAGCAGACCACCACAACCACCACAUUGAUGGCGAGGACGACGACACCGACUCCCGAAGUUGCCACCACUACCACCACUGCCAGGCCCACUACGAAGACCACUGCGCCGAGAACCACUACCACCACUACUACAACCGCUGCGCCAACAACAACCACAACCACAACUACCACUCUGCCAACAACCACCACAACAACCACGCUGCCGACUACUACUACAAUGCCACCGACGACAACCACAACUACCACUACUACAACCACUACAACUACAACAACAACGACCCCUACGACCACCACCACGACCCCAACGACCACCACCACGACCAGAAGGCCAACGAGAAGGCGGAGAAUUAGUGAGUUAACGCCGCGAGUCGUGCCUGUGGAGACCUGCAUCCCAAGUUGCUAUUUGCUGCACAAUUUUGUGUUUGAUAAGCUAGUUUUAUUUGUUUGUUAUAAUGCACCCAUUUUGCUUAUGUUUUUGUUUUAUUUAUUAAAGUCUGAUGAUUUUUGUACACCUUUUGAUUGUUUGCAUUUGUCUGCAUCUUUUGCGUCAUGUAAUAUUGUUUAUUUUGUUUCUUUUACAGACUUCUUUUCAUAUGUUAAAUGAUAUGUACGGUUAUGCAGGUGUUUGUCAUGUCACAUGAUUUUUGUGGAAACUGCCAUAUAUAAAGACUCUUGACAGCGACAAGCUUUUAGACCCACUAGUGCCAAGUUGACAGGAAAAUGACUAAAUAAUUAGGAGGUUGAGACAGAAAUAGAAAUACUAGUAGAAAUAGAGAUAGAAAAAGGAGAGAGAAAGGGAAAGCGUAUAGUCAUGUAAUCUGUUUUUUAAGACUAUUAUUUCAGUAAAAAAAAAAAAUCAUGUUAUAGUGGUGAUAGACAGGUGAUAAGAUGAAAUUGAAGUUAGUCUUAGAUAAGUAUAUUUGAUGAUAAUAGUUGUGAAGAUGAAGUCAGUUCGAGUCAGUAAAUACCACGAGCCAUAGGAUUGUGAUUUUUUAUAAGGUAUUUCAUCUUAUCUUAACCCAUUGCCGCCGGGGAUGGCAUGUACGUACAUGCCAUGCCCACUGUGAGCCGACUUGUUCGAUUAUUUUUACACAUAGAUGGCUACACUUGUACUAAGUAUCCAAUGAGCCAAUUACGAGUACUGCCUGUCUCGCCCUUUUCAUCGAUUUACGAAAAUAUAUAACGUUAUCCUAAUUUGCUGUUAAAAAUAACACCAUCUAUAUUUAUAGCACUAGUAAAUAUACGUUUUUUUCCCGCCGAUUCAAGGAAAGGUGAAAUCAGGACUAGCAGAGCCAUCUAUGGACAGACAUAUUUCACAAAAAUAUAAAAAAUGAGUACUGUAUUUCCCCCAUUUUUUGUUCAUUUUCCCCGGCGGCAAUGGGUUAAGGAAUAGAAGGAUUUUUUUUGAAUUAGCUAAGGUAUGAAUGACAGGAUAAAAGAAAGAGGGAUUAUGAUCAACAGAUAGUAUGAAGAAGUAUUUCCAGUGCUGAAAAGAAAUACAGUAUGAUGUGGAUAUGGUUCAUAUAUAAUGUUUCAGGGAAUCUUUAUAGACAUUAGUAGGUAUAGAGGAUGUCCCAGUAUGUAAUGAGUUACUGUUAUUCAUGCCAGAAAUUAUACAUUCAAAAGAAAGAUUUUACAGUAUACAAGCGGAUUUCUGCGGUUGUCAGAAUUUUGUUGUUAUGAAAUACGAAUAUUGAAAGAAACCUGUGUCUCUAGUCAUUUCUGUUUUGUUUCCAUUUUGAUCAUUAAUUCCGAGAGUUGUAUAUGUUCUGUUUUAUUUGUUUUAUUUCUUAAUUAACAUUUGAAGAAGUGUUUAUGCUUGAUGAUGUGGUUUACAUAUGUUCCGUUUGAGUGCAAUGUCAUGUUAAUGAAGCACAUGUUUUUAUUUCAGAAAAUGAGUAUAUCUCCCCAAAAAAAUAUUUAUAUAAGGCUUCUAAUUGAUAAUUGCUUCAUUCUGACAUUUAUAACAGCCUAAGAAACUUAUCAGAUUUUGUAAUUCCCAUCUGUUUUCGGAAAUACAAAAUCGGUCUUUUAUUUUGAAGUAGUGUACAAUAUUAAUACUACCCUGACUUCGAUUUUUUUUUUACUAAUAUGUUCAGUUAUGUUGAACCUUUGUUUUGACGGGUUCUUAUUAACAUAGUGUAAUGUGUUAAUUAUUGACAAUGAUUAAUCUUCAUGAACCUCUCCCUUUUUUCUCUUGGCAAGAAAGUAAUCACCUCAUGACUCUUAUACUUAGUUGCAAUCGGCAUGUCGCAUGCAAUAGAGAUUGAUUGCCAGAGUUGGAGAAAUAGAUCUUCCAUGACUUGCUCUUUGCUAAAGUCGCAUUUUGCAUGUGUUUACAGUUAUUAUUUUUGCAACUACUUGUUGUCCUCUAGAGAAUGAAAUGGUUGUGUGAGUAGCUCUAUUAAUAUUCCAUUUUUUUCCAUUCCAUAUUCCUCUUCCUCUCUUCCUUCAGGUGAUGUUAUCGAAGGUAAUGCCCGCGAUGCAUGUUUCAGUUUCAUUAGUAGUUGUAGCAUUGCUUCAUGUGUUUAUGAUAUUGUCUGCUAUUAAUUAUUUUCAUAUGAAUAUAGGAAUUGCUUUUCUGAGGCAACUGAGAUGUGUAAAAAGGGAAAAAUUUGUCUAGAUUUGUUUGUCCAAUUUUAGUAUUGCAAGCAUUAAAAUCCUUUGCCUUAUUGCUAGUAAAGCAAACAUUUCUGGAUGAUUCUAUUGUAACUAAGCAGUAAAUCCACUUAAAGAAGAAUUUGAAUUUGGGAUUCAAGCACACCAUUGCCUCAGCCCCAGACAGAAGGGGUAACAGCACUAACCCGCGGCACAGCCAAAUUCCUUCCCCCAUGCCCGCCCACUUCCCUCUUCAUUGGUUGGGCGUGAGCAUUGUGCAAAUUGGAAUUCAUUUAAGCUGCUCAUGUGGCAGAAUUGGUGUAGAGCUUACAAGUAACCGAGAGAUGUAUGACAAGUUUUAUCGUUGAAAAUGAUGUACACAUAAGUGUGUACAUGAUUUCAGUGGUCUCGCUGUUUUAAGAUCUGGCUGUGCCACGCCUUGGUUUUGAAAUGAACUGGUGUUUUAUUUACCAGGUUCAGAGGUUUUUGAUUAAGUAUAGUACUAAGCAUUAGAAUAUGAUGUUUUGAAAGUAGAAAAGACAAAUUCAUAUCGUAGACAAUAGUUUUUUCAUAGAUCAGGUGAAAGAUUUAUAUCAGAUUCAAACUGGGAGAGUAGCUUCUAAUUUCUCCAAU